UUUAGAUUUUCCAAAUUUAAGACUAGCUAGCUUAUUAUUUUCUAGUUGAAAGAUGUCUAAGCCAAAUGUAAGAAGAUAUAAUGAAAUAGAGAAACACAAGAGAGAGAAGGAGCCAAUUAGCAAUAAUUAUAAGAGUAACUUGUUUUAUUUAUCCAAACACUUGAAGAAAGUUUACCCAAUAGAGCUAACUCACAAAACUUAUUCACUUCCAUCUUCCCUUUCUCGUCUUUCUUCAUCUCUAUCACAUACUUUAAAUGAUUCUUCUCCAUUGGAUCAGAAAAAAAGUGAAGUUUCAGCCAGCAAUAUGGUUGUUCUACAAGUUAAUCCAUCUCCUAGUGAGAAAGAGCUUAUGAGGUGCAGCUGGUUAACAAGCAGCAGUGAUAAGGCUUAUGUGAAGUUCCAUGAUGAAUGCUGGGGUGUUCCAGUUUAUGAUGACCAUCGAUUGUUCGAGCUACUUUCGUUGGCUGGCUUGUUGAUGGAUUCCAAUUGGACUGAAAUUUUAAAGAGAAGGGAACAAAUAAGAGAAGGCUUUGUUGGAUUCAAUGCAAAGCAAGUGGCUAAAAUGGGGGAGAAAGAAAUUAAUGAAUUGGUCUCAAAUGUGUCUCUUAUGUUACCAGAAAAUAGAGUUAGAUCAAUAGUUGACAACGCCAAAUGCAUAAUUAAGAUUGGGAAGGAAUUUGGAUCUUUCAGUUGCUACAUGUGGAACCAUAUGAAUUAUAAACCAAUAAUUAACAAAUUUAGAAAUGCAAGAAAUGUUCCACUAAGAAGUCCAAAAGCAGAAUCAAUUAGCAAAGAUUUGGUGAAGAGAGGAUUCAGGCAUGUUGGUCCAGUGAUUGUAAAUUCAUUCAUGCAAGCAGCUGGAAUGACUAUUGAUCAUUUGAUUUAUUGCUUUAGACACAAAGAAUGUGUUGAUCUUGCUGAAACACCUUGGAGGCAUUUCUAAAAUAUA